CUCUGUCUCUCCCCCCCAGGUGCUAUGCAUCAGUGGGUCGGGUGGGUGGCAUGCAGCUCGUAUCGCUGAGCCAGCCGUGCCUGACGAAGGGGAAGGGUGUUGUGGAGCACGAGAUCAUGCACUCGCUGGGCUUCUGGCAUGAGCACGCCCGCAGCGACCGUGAUAAAUACAUCAAGAUCGAGUGGAAGAACGUGUGGCCUGGUUAUGAACAUAAUUUCCUGAAGCAAAACACUAAUAAUUUGAAGACCAAGUAUGAUUAUGGCUCCAUCUUGCACUACAGCAGGUCGGCGUUUUCCAGGAACGGGCAGCCGACGCUGACGCCGGUGGGACAGCCGGGUCGGGGCACGGUGAUCGGCCAGAGACGCCGGCUGAGUCAGCUCGACCUGCUCAAGGUGAACCGGCUGUACAACUGCACGGCACAGCUCGGCCACGCUAAACGUGAGGCCGCCGGCAAGCCGUGCUUGUGACACAACGUGGCUCACAACAACGCGGGCUGGUUCUGCCCUGCCAACCCCGGGCCAUCGCUUCACACCGACUGUCCGUGACUGCGGCCGUGGUCACACACAACC